UGUAUCUGAAAAAUAUAUCAAUAAUAAGUGAGUUUUUUCUUUAAAAAAAAAGAACAAAUAUCUGUCAGUCGGGCAAGAAAAUAAACUUUAUUCAAAUGGAAAACAAGUUUAUUUCUCUGACUCCAUUGGCAGAUAUUUGUUCUUGUUUUAAUCAUAAACUCACUUCAUUUUGAUACAUUUUUUGAUACAUUUAUCUUCAGUCAUUUUGCUUCUCCAGUAAAUGUAUCUUUUUAAGAAUUCAAGAAUGUUUAGAUAUUUGUACUGGAAAACAAGACAGAAACACUGAGGAAGAACAUCAUUUUUGGCAGUGUGAUGUUGUACUGACACACAUGAUGUGUGAAAUCCAGCCGUUCACGUUCAUUGAUCGAAUCACUGCAGACGGCGCUGCGACUCUUAACUCUCGCUCAGACGACACAAACCAACCAUCUCGAUUUCAGAUCAAUACGACAGAGGACCAAGACUUUAUUUUAAGAUCAAUCUCUCUUCUGAGAUUGAAUUGUGCAUCUGUACAUUUGAUUGAGUUCGGUUAGGGUUCGUGUUCAGGCUUAAAUGUGUCACCAGAAUGGAAACCGGUGCAAUUUGUAUUGAUUUGAAAUUGUGUUGGUGGGUUAAUUGAUCUCAGUGACAGUAAAAGUGAUUAACAGCACAUCAGAUGGAAUCUGAUCUCUGGGUUCAGAGCAGUGAUUCUCAGCCUUUUUGAUUAAAAUAUUCAAAGGCUAUUAAGAUAUUUUUGGUUCUUCUGCUGCAAUGACAACUUCUUAAUUUCAAAUAAGUAGUUGUAUUUAAAUAAUUAAAUAAUUCAUAUGGUAAUAUUUAAACUGUGAUUCCAGAAGAUUUAAGAACUGAAUUUCCAGGAUUUUAUUUUAUUAUUUUUAGUCCUUCAGGGGUGAGGUCUUUAAGUCGCAACAUCUUGCUACUGAAGUGCCUCAGGGCUCGGUGCUUGGACCGCUUCUCUUCUCCAUCUACAUGACAUCACUAGGAUCUCUCUUUCAGAAACAUGGCUUUUCCUAUCAGUGCUAUGCUAAUGACACACAACUCUACCUCUCAUUCCAGCCAGAUGAUCCUAUGGUAGCUGCUCACAUCUCAGCCUGCCUGACAGACAUUUUUUUGCUGGAUGAAGGACCACCACCUUCAACUCAAUCUUGUAAAGACAGAACUGCCACUGGCUCUGCACCCCUAUACCUAAACUCACUACUUCAGACCUAUGUGUCCUCCUGAAGCUUGUGUUCUGCAAGUGAAGUAAAGUAAAACACAACAUCUUGCUACUGGAGUGCCUCAGGGCUCAGUGCUGGGACCACUUCUCUUCUCCAUCUACAUGUCAUCACUAGGAUCUGUCAAUCAGAAACAUAGUUUCUGCCUUGUGGUGCCAUCAUCCCAAAGAGGCACAAAAUCACUUUCACUGACCUUUACCUGGACUGUUCCUGCUGGUGGAAUGACCUGCCUAACUCAAUCCGACCAUUUUCAAGAAACGACUAAAGAUGCAAGAUGACCCAAUAAUACUAACACUUUCUGUUCUAUAUUAUCUUUUUUCUUUUUAAAAAAACUUUGCUAUGUGUACAGUGCUAGACUAACUGGGACUAGUCACAUCACUUACAUAUUGUUGCUCUUUUGUUGAUUCAAUUGCUUCUGUUCUCCUCAUUUGCUUUGGAUAAAAGCAUCUGCUAAAUGAUUAAAUGUAAAUGUAAAAAUGUAAGUUAUCUGGCUAUAACCUGGCUUAUGAAAUAUGAAUGAUGAUAUGAAACUCAAAGCUCUGAUUCAGCCUCCACAAAGACAAAAACAGAGGCUGAGUGGAGCAGAAGUGAUCGAUAAUCCGAAAAAAGACCGUGUUACGGAGGGAAAGAGAAAAAGGUCAGAGAGAGAGAGAAAAAUAAAUAGAUGAUGAUGAGAAGGAGAUUGAAUCAUGUUCCUGCUGUUUUAUGAUGCUUUUAUGAUCUCCAUCCUGAGCUGAUAUGAUCGAUCAAUAACACGCUUUGCUUUGAUUCGAUUUGAUCUGAUAGACGCUGACCUGCAAGAUUCAUUGGUUUAUUUUCAGAUAUCAUUCACGGCACAUUGAACCCUAAUAAAGCGUCGAAGCCGUCAGUCUAAUGGAUUUAUCAGAAUGACGGACAGCAGUGUGUGUUUCUCUCCAGAGCAUCCGUGUGUCCGUGUGUUCAGAACCAAAGCAGAUUAAACUAUAAGCCGAAGGCCACGGAUUGAGAGGAAUCAGAGACAGAAUGAGGGCUGACGGGACGGACAUACAGAGACGGAUUGAGUUUGAGAACCGCACGUCGAGAUACAAGAUACGGGCUGAAUCACGCGACAGACAGACGGCUCAUUCGACCUGAUCUGACCCUUAAAAACCCCUGAUGAUUCACUCAUAUUAAAUCACACGCUGACAGAAGAUGUGGGCAGUAAUGAUGCGCUCAGGUGCCUCAUAUGAACACCAUUAGCUGUAUUAUGUUAAAGUCAUGCUGUUCACUGAAAAAUGAACAUUCUGUCAUGAUUUAUGACGUUCUUAGAACAUAUUUUUGUUAGCUGGUGUUUCAAACACGCUGAGGUUUAUUGAGUGUGAUGAAUAUUUCAUCAUGAAGACUCUUAAAGUGUGUCCUGCUGAGGUGACUGAAGCUCGUUCAGACGUCCACGCGACACCAGACACUCACUCCAGCGUCUUACGAUUAUUAGUGAAAUUUGAUGCUUGUCUUGAUUUUCAGUCGUAUUGUGACAUGGAAAUCCAGGCCAUGCGGUAUCGCAGCGAUCAGGAACUCAAUCCGCUGGCUGUCUGCCCACUGCGCUGUUAGAAGGGCAGAUGGGACGGAUUUCAGCCGCUCUGCUGACGCUUUAGUCAAACAUUACAGGACAGGAUCAUCUGAAACUGGCCAUCCAGCACCAUCAGCACGACAUACAGAGGAAUGAUUCAGAAAGACAUGGAAUAAUCAAUAAUGCCUUCUUAAGCUGAGAGUUUGGAUCCAAUGUCAUACAUGAGUCUAGGAGUAAUUUGGUAGCAAGAUAGAUGUAUGUGUGUGUGAGUGUGUGUGUGUGUGUGUGUGAGUGUGAGUAUCUUGUCAGGACUUGUCAGUGUCAGUCAUGUGUAAUGAAAUCUCUAAUUAUUAAAGUAAGAGUGUGAAAAUGAUGAUGAUAAUGAAGUUCAUAAGUUCAUCUACAUGUACAAAAUGAGGCAAAUAACAUCAGUGUAAAAAUGAACAACUAAACGUGUGAAACAUCUGCUCGCAAACACAUAUUUUGGCUCAAAAAAUAUUAUGUCCAACCAACAAACUACAGUGAGUUAAAGGAACUUAAUUUUUAGCAAAAUAAAAAUUAAUCUGUUUUAACUAAAUGAUUUUUGUCCGUUGAACUUGAUCUUAUUUAUUUCUGUUAAAAUCAGGCACACACAAUAAAUUUGCAUGUAAUUUCAAUAAACAAGUUAUAUAUUUCUUGUAACUGGCAUCGACACAGGUACUGUUCAGAGAUAUCGAGAGAAUUGUGUUAAAAUUAAUAAAAAAUCAAGGUAAAAAAAUCAACAGUUUAAGUUGACGUUUUAUGUAUUAUGUUGAAGUAAUAAUCAAUAUUAUUAUGUCAACAUAACUCAUCAAAAUAAUGUUUGCAACUUAAAAGGUUUAAUAAAAUCAAUAAAUUAAAGUUUUAACCUUUUUUUAAAAAUAAUUAAAUAAAUAAAUAAAUUAUAAUGCCUUUAUUCAUGCCAAAAACAACUCACAUGACAUUUCAAAGAAUUUUUUUUUUUUUUUUUGUGCCCAUCGUACACUCUAAAAAUGCUGGUUGUUUUAACUCAGCGGCUGGGUUGUUUUGACCCAGUGGUUGGGUUGUUUUAACCCAGAGAAUGGGUUGUUUUAACCCAGGGGUUGGGUUGUUUUAACCCAGAGAAUGGGUUGUUUUAACCCAGGGGUUGGGUUGUUUUAACCCAGCGAAUGGGUUGUUUUGACCCAGCGAUUGGGUUGUUUUGACCCAGCGAAUGGGGUGUUUUGACCCAGCGAUUGGGUUGUUUUGACCCAGCGAUUGGGGUGUUUUGACCCAGCGAUUGGGGUGUUUUGACCCAGCGAUUGGGUUGUUUUGACCCAGCGAUUGGGUUGUUUUAACCCAGCGAAUGGGGUGUUUUGACCCAGCGAAUGGGGUGUUUUGACCCAGCGAUUGGGUUGUUUUAACCCAGCGAUUAGGUUGUUUUACCCAACCUACUGGGUAGUUUUAUUUAACCCAACUAUUGUUUAAAAAUGACUGUAUUGCUCACUUAAAAUGAACCCAAAAUAUAUUGACAUUUAAUAAUAUGUUUAAUAAAUUAACAUUUAUUAAUAGGUUUAAUGAAUAACAAUUAAACAUUAAACAUUUAUUAAAUUGCUUAUUAAUAAAUGUUCACCUUUUGAUUAUUAUUGUUUCCUCUAGUAAUUAUGAUUUUUAAUUUCCAACCUAUUUUGGGUUCAUUUUAAGCCAGACAUAUAGUCAUUGUUAAACAGUAGUUGAGUUAAAUAAAAUUGCCAGCAAACAUUUAACCCAACCGCUGGGUUUGUCCAUUUUUAACCCAGCAUUUUUAGAGUGUGUCAUAGAUAUAACACAAAUGAAUCCACUGAAUCUGAGAGUUAGAACCAUGUAUUUGUGUCAGUGGUCACGGAUGCUGAAUCUCUCCUGAGUAAACGAGUGCAAAAGUGAAUUAUUCCUUGUAUUUGUUCUUGUAUUGUUGUGUUGUGAAUCUGUGCGUCUCUUAUCUGCGCACACACAGCGUGAGGAAGACAAUGAGCCGAUGACACGCCGUGAUGAAGCUCAAACACAUGCAGUCUUUAUCUCAGCACACGUCUGCAGCUCAGGACAAAAGCUCCAGAUCAACACGGGAUUCACUGCCUGUUUGGAUGGAACAAUUCGCUCAUGGUGGAUUUAUAAACGCUGGAGGAGUAAAACUGGAGUGGUUUACCAUGUUUACCUCAGGACAUCUGUCCCUGUGUCUUCAUGAAGCCGCUGCUGGGACCUGUGGUUUCUGAUCUUCUGCGGUUUGAUGCGUCUGCAGCUUCACCUGAGACUCGAACACGAACUCACUGCUAGAGGAAGUUUGUCAGUCGCAGCAGAACUGCAGGGACAUUAGACACGGGAGAUGGCCGUGCUGAAGAGCGUGUGAACGGAGAAUCGAUCAUGGCCGGCGAGAACAUCACCGUCAGCGCCAACGUCUCAGACGUCCACCCGCUCACACACAGCCUGUGGGAAGUGGUCGCCAUCGCCAGCGUAUCGGCCGUCGUGAGCCUCAUUACGAUCAUCGGGAACGUUCUGGUGAUGUUGUCCUUCAAGGUGAACAGCCAGCUGAAGACGGUCAACAACUACUACCUGCUGAGCCUGGCCUUCGCCGACCUCAUCAUCGGCGUCUUCUCCAUGAACCUCUACACCUCGUACAUUCUGAUGGGCUACUGGUCUCUCGGCAGUCUGGCGUGUGAUCUGUGGUUGGCGCUGGAUUAUGUGGCCAGUAACGCCUCUGUUAUGAACCUUCUGGUCAUUAGUUUCGACCGAUACUUCUCCAUUACCCGUCCGCUGACGUAUCGAGCCAAACGGACGCCGAAGCGAGCGGCCGUCAUGAUCGGUUUGGCCUGGCUCGUGUCCUUCGUCCUCUGGGCUCCGCCAAUUCUGUGCUGGCAGUAUUUUGUCGGCAAGCGGACGGUUCCCGAACUACAGUGUCAGAUCCAGUUCUUCUCCGAGCCUGUGAUUACUUUCGGGACAGCGAUAGCGGCUUUCUAUAUCCCUGUGUCCGUCAUGACCAUCCUCUACUGCCGGAUAUACAAAGAAACCGAGAGACGCACCAAAGACCUCGCCGAACUCCAAGGCGUCAACUCUUCGUCAAACUCCAGCGGCGAACCUCAAACCGUCCGCUCGUGUUUCGGCUGCAAGCAUACAAGCGAAAGAGAGCGAAGUCCUCCCAAACCUGCUGACUUCAACAGCUACGCCUCCUCAGAGGACGAGGAGCGCUCGGCUUCUCCCGGCGUCUUCCCGACGUCUUCCAGAUGCAAGGCCGACAACGAGGACCAGAGCUACUUCAAAACAAGUCCGACAAGAAGCAAGAAGUGCGUCUCGUACAAGUUCAAACCGGCGUCCGGUCCACUAAAGAACGCCAACGGAGACGCAAAACCCUCAUCCUUCUCGUCUGCCGAGUCUGUGAACGUACCUUCUUCGUCAUCUUCUUCCAAACCCAUAGAUGGCACACUGAAAAGCCAGAUCACCAAGAGGAAGAGGAUGGUCCUGAUCAAAGAGAAGAAGGCGGCCCAGACUCUGAGCGCCAUCCUGCUGGCGUUCAUCCUCACCUGGACGCCCUACAACAUCAUGGUGCUGGUCUCCACCUUCUGCUCCGACUGUGUCCCGCUCUCGCUCUGGCAUCUGGGAUACUGGCUGUGUUACGUCAACAGCACCGUCAACCCCAUGUGUUAUGCGCUCUGCAACAAAACCUUCCAGAAAACCUUCCGCAUGUUGCUGCUCUGCCAGUGGAGGAAGAAGCGGGUUGAGGAGAAGCUGUACUGGUGCGGACAAAACCCUGCGGCGGGCGGCAGACUCGCCUGAGAGACCCGUUCAACUUUACAUUUCCAAUCACAGCAGGACAGAAAUGGCACCAUUCCCAGAUUUACUGUCAACAGAAAAGUUUCUCUUCUGCUCACCAAAGCUGCAUUUAUUUGUUCAAAAAUACAGUAAAAGUUGUGAAAUAUUAUUACAAUAUAAAAUAGCUGUUUUCUAUGUGAAUUUAUAGUUAAAGGGGUGAUUAAUUAUGAUUUGACUUUUUUAACUUUAGUUAGUGUGUAAUGUUGCUGUUUGAUCAUAAACAACAUCUGCAAAGUUACGACGCUCAAAGUUCAAUGUAAAGAGAGAUAUUUUCUUUUACAGAAAUCACUUUUUAAACGGCUGGUAGGGACUAUAACGAGCUUCUUCCCAGGUCGGUGACAUCACUAACCCUAAAAUUUACAUAAACCCCGCCCCCAAGAACACACAACAAAGGGGGCGGGGCCAUGUUGGGCUGCUUUAGAGAAGAGGAAGAGUUGUUGUAGUAGAGUGUUGUUAUCAUGCCAUCAUUUUACGCCGGACUGCUUCACAAACGAGGGUCAAUUCAACACAAAAGAUUAACAUGACGGCACAUGCUAGUGGAUGAGUUGAAUCAACUCCACAGCAACUACAUAAAUUUAUCCACUAACCAUUCAGAAACGUCUAAAAGUUGUAACUUCUUCCUGAGUCUCUCCAUCAGUGUCGACUCCGGUUUGAACAAUGUAAGGCUGAACACCGUUACUGACAAUCCUCAUUUUGUCUGCGUGAGAUUCUCCAGCUUUGUUGUUGUUGAGCUGUUAAAGCUCCGCCCUCUUCUGGAAAGGGGCCGGGAGCAGCAGCUCAUUUGCAUUUAAAGGGACACAUAUAAAAACGGCAUGUUUUUGCUCACACCCAAAUAGGGGCAAAUUGAAAACAGCUAUUUUAAACUAAUAAUAUUUCACAAUUUUUUACUGUAUUUUUGAUCAAAUAAAUGCAGCCUUGGAGAGCAGAAGAGACUUCUUUCAGAAACAUUAAAAUAUCUUAAUUAUUCCAAACUUUUGACCGAUAUAUUUUAGUUCACCUCAAAAAUGAACUGUUUCAAAAAGGAGUCCUAAAUGUACCAUAAAACCAGCCCAUAUGAGCCUCCUGUAAAUCUUUACCAUGUUUGAGAAGGGAAUGAUUGAGUUAAAGGAAAAGUUUGCAGAUUUUCAACCAGCUUUGUGUCGUUAUAGUGUCGUUACAAUAUGUAAAUGAACGAUGUGUUGUAAAUGAUCUUUCUCCAUGUUACCUGAUCCCAGAUCUCUCAGUGUAUUUGCCAGCAAAAGCCCAUGGAAAAAGGAUGAAUUAAAACUAGGGACGAGCCGAUAUUAUAUUUGAAAGCCAAUAACCGAUAUAUUGGCCAAUAAAUCUAAAUCAGAAUAAAUUUAUAUAAUUUUUAAGAGGCAAAAACAAAAGUCUCACCAUUAAGAGCCAAGUCCCAAGCACACAAUUAUAAUGUUCUCAUUAUAAUAUUAUGUAUCUUAUAUGACAGACGUGCGCUGUAUGUUGCACUUAACUGUGUUUUCCUUUUUGAAGUGAUUUCAGUCAGAUUUCAAGCAAUUCAAAAAAGUGUCUCAGCUGAAGGAAAUAAUCCAUUAUUUAUCGGCUUCGAUAUAUCGGCCAAAUUUUCUUAUUGGGCCGAUAACGAUAACAUUAAAAAUGAACAUUUACCGGCUGAUACCGGUACAUCCCUAAAACCCGUACAUCCCGUUAAAAACGCAUCAUCCGGCAUAUUUCUGACAGCUCCAGGAAUUUUGUAAAAAUUACAGAUAGUCUGCAUUUAUGCACUCCCAAAAAUCAAAAAUGCAUUAUGGGUGUUGAAGUUUUUGGGAAAAGGCAACUCGUUUCUACUGACAAGUUUUAUUAAAAGCCCAUCUUGCCAGCGUUGAAUUCCCCCUUUAAUAGUAUUUCCGUCAUUUUACUGUGAACUUUUCCUUUAACUCUUGGGUUCAUGUGUGUGAAAUCUUUCAAGCAGUUGUGUGUGAUGUUCAGACACUUUCACAACACUAAACCUCCCACUGAUGUCAAAUAUGAGGGAUGAUGUAGAUCCAGUCGUAAGGAUAAGAUGAACGUCGGUGUUGAUGAGUUUCUCAGAACAAACACACCAUCAUCUUUUUGCUCAGUGAUGAUUUUAUUCAUGUUUGUUACCGUGACAGUGUUAAUAAGGGCUAAUGUUGUACAUUUCAAAGGCUCGAUGUCGAUUGUACCCACUUCAGAUGCCUUACUGUGCCAUUAUAAGAGUGCAGAGGAGUUUUAAAAUGACAAGGAAACUCUUAAACGCUUCAUUUCUCCUCUGCAGGAGCAGAAGAUGAAGUGAUUUCAUUCGAACGGAUCUGGAUGUUUCUUGCUGUCAUGUUGAUGAUGCUGUCGUGCUGUCUGCGUUUCAGGAAACAAACUGUUUAAUGACAGUGUGUGAUUUUUAUCUGUAGGUGCUUGGAAGAUUCUUUUUAAUGUGCCGUAAACAACUCAAUGAAGGUGAACAAAACAUGUCAGAACUUUCAAUUUUCGUCGGCUUUAUUGCUUGAAGGAUUGAAACCGCACUGCACAAAACUUUAGUGUUUCUGUCUUGUUUUCCAGCACAAAUAUCUAAACAUUCCUAAAUCAAGAUACUUUUACUGGAGAAGCAAAAUGACUGAAGAUAUGAAGUAUUGUUAAUUGAAAAAAUGGUGAGUUUAAGCUUGUAAAACAAGAACAAAUAUCUGCAAAUGGAGUCAGAAAAAUAAUGUUGUUUUCCCUUUGAAUUAAGUGUGUUUUUCUGACCCCAUUGGCAGAUAUUUGAUCUUGUUUUAAUCAUAAACUCAAUUAAUUUGACACAUUUUUCAGGUCAUUUCUCCAGUAAAAGUAUCUUGAUUUAAGAAUGUUUCGAUAUUUGUACUGGAAAACAAGACAGAAAUACUGUAAUUUUCAGUGCGUCUUUGGUCUGUUAAUUCCCUGUAAUCGUGUGUGUGAUCAGUUUUAUGAGACCUUUUGCACUCUUCAGUACAAAUAAAUCUGACAUUUAAAUGUUUAUUGAAUAAAAAAGAAAUAGAUAA